UGUUCAGCAUAUCUAAAUUCUAGCCGCGAAAUAUUUGCUAUGGGCGAAAAGUGGAUUGUAAUAACAGGGUUUUUGUCAACAGGUGCUUAAACUUUGCGACCGCUAUCCAGACAAAAAUAUACUAAGACCAACAUAUCUGCGACAGUCAGUUCAAAACAUACUUUGGUAUAUAUGAUAUUGUUCAAACGCUUUGAGAUAUGAUCGUGACAUGAGCUAGAGGGGACAAAUAGGUUUGAUUGUGGAAGACCAGGGUGAAUUCUUAUUGCAGAAUAAACUGUAAGUCAGAAAACUGAUAUCAAAAUCAAUGAUCGUCUGUCCUAAUGGCAUAGGGCUACACAUGUUACCAAUCUUCGCGUGUUUUUUCACUUUAUUGGCAAUUAUAACUUGUUAUUUCAUCUCUCUUAAUAAUGAUCACAUAUCGCCUUAUUUCCCCUAUAUAAGUGAUGCCGGUUCAAGGGUCCCAGAAAGCUGUAUUUUUGGCCAAUUAUUGAAUAUGGCCUCAUUACUAGGAGGCUUAUGUUUUUAUUCAUGGCAUAAAGUGGCAGUAUUGAAUUAUAAUCAAAGAUAUGAUCAACGAUAUCGUCAUUUGAUUAAAACAUCAACAAUUGGUUUAUUUUUUGGUCUUUCAAGUGCAUUUGGAAUAAGUAUAGUCGCUAAUUUUCAAGAAACAGCUGUUUGGCCUGUACACAUCUUCGGUGCUGCAUUAACGUUUGGUGGUGGUUCAAUUUAUCAAAUUUUCGUCACGUAUAUUACACAUAAAUAUCUUCGAUCUAGUCGAAUUUGGAUUACUCGUUUUAUAUUGACAAUUACUUCUGUAUUAUCAUUUAUUAUCCAUCCAAUCACUGGAUUAGUAGCUCGUUUAAUGUAUGAUGGAGAUAAUAUUCGAAAAUGGAAACCAACUGACAGAGUUAGUUUACACUGAGUUUUAUUUCAUGAUGAUUGGUCUUGUCAAAUGUUUAUAAGAAAAGAGUAUCCUUCAAUGUUAUGUCGGACUACAAGAAUAAGUUACCAAUUAACAUAAGAAUAUGAUUUCACUAUAGUUUUUUUUUAAAAAUAACUUUUAUGAUGUAUCAUAAUACAGUGAAGCAGCAUUAUUUUACUUAUCAGUAAUUAAUACUGUUUCAGCUAACAUAUAUAGUUCUUUUGAUAAGUUUCUAUCAUAAAGGGAACAAUAUUUUUUCCUCAUUGACACAUAGAUUAAUAAUGUUAUCAGUGAUGAUGGUGAUGAUAGGAUUCAAAAAUGUGCUAACGAUAUAGAAAACGAAACAUUUCGUCUUAUAUUGCCUAGAGAGAUGAUAAAUAGAAACGAACCGGCGGCAUGAGAAAAGAAUAGACUUAGACAUUAGCAUUAAUCAGCAUUCAUCAUUUAUUUCAAUGUUUAUUAUUUGAAUUAUACAUAGUGAUCUGAUCUUCUUUAGUGGGUCAACUUCUUUAUGUAGCAAAAUGUUGCUAACAGAC